UUCUGAUCGAACUAAUCCAAGAGUGCAUGAACGGUGGCCAGGAGGUUUGCGAUGAGGUCAGCCUACCGACGGAUACAGCCGGCGAGCGCGGUCUGAAACUGCUCACCGUACUGGCGUACGUCUUCUCGGCUCACUUCCAGCACGACGAAAUUCUGCGCCACAUGAUCGGGCUGCUGAACUUUGACGAACCGUACGUAGCACCGUACGUGCUGAAGGCGUUCACGUACCUGGGCCGCUACAAGGCACUGAUCGAGUCUCAUCCGGCCGUACUGCGUGAGCUAGCUCCUCUGUGUCGCGAGUUUGCGAUCGCUGGAACACCGAAACAGGCGAAGCAUGCUAUCCGCUGUAUGUUCGUUAACACGCAACCGGUCGGAGUGACUGGAGGUGGUAGUGACAGAGGGGGCGCUGCCGCUGAAGGUGCCACGGGUUCCAGUGCGGCCGAUCUAACCGGGAUCGACAUUUUCCCUGAGAUUGUUGAGAGCCUUAAGGUUACGCUGCAUCCGCAGAGUGAGCACUAUCGGACGGCUAUCGUGACACUCGGACACAUUGCGUACAAUUUGCCGGAAAAGUUUCACGUGCAAAUCAAGAACAUCAUCUCGCGUAAGAUCGUAAAGGAGCUGCUGGUGAAAGAGACAGCCGACGGGCGGGCUGGUGUACCGUCGAAGGAGUGGUGCGACGAGGACGAACUACCCGAGGAAACCCGGUGUAAGGUAGAGGGUCUGAAAACGAUGGCCCGAUGGUUGCUGGGACUGAAGAAAGAUGUGGUUUCGGCGCAAAAAACUUUCCGCAUGCUGAACGCGUUCAUCAGCAAGAAGGGAGAUCUACUGGAGCAGGGUGGUGCGCUGUCGGCGGCGGAAAAAUCCUGGCUUCGGCUCAGCGCUGGCAAGGCGAUGCUGAAAAUCUGCGAACAGAAGGGUGUUGGCGAUCAGUUCAUUGCUGAUCAGUUCUACAAUCUCUCACAGCUUAUGACUGAUCCCGUACCGGAAGUCCGCGAUACAUUCGUCAAAAAACUACACAAGGGACUAAACAAAGGCGUACCGCACAAGUGCCUGCCGCUCGACUUCAUGGGUUACUAUGCACUCGGUGGACGCGAAACGGAACGAAGUUUACUGCAGCAAAUCAAGUCCAAUAUUGAAACGGACGUAAACCGGCGACGAGAAUAUGUGAAAACUUUUGCAACGGUGGAGCGAGCCAUGAGUCAACUGCCGCACAUUUUGCCGGACUACAUGCUAGUGUUCGCAGUAUCUGUUCUGACGCACGAUCCUCAGUUUACACGUCCCUCCGAUCCGGCCCAGCUGAGACAGAUCGAGCGAUGUCUGUGGCUCGUGCUGGAACCGCUCGUUACCAACAAGGAAUUCUUUUGCUUUGGUUUCUACAAGAAUCUGAUCGAACGCAUGAAAAAUCACAAAGAUGCCCUGAAACCGGACGAUGAAACAACAAAUCAUAAAUUAUGGGCAAUUUGUGAUAUUGCCAUGGGUCUGCUGCUUACGCGACUGAGCUCAUACGAUGUGCGUGAAUCGCCGGUCGAGGCACGCAUUCCCUCGAUGUACUUCCAGCCGCAGCCCGAGGAUUUCCACAACGAUCGCUACUACAUUCCCGACGACAUGUUCGCUCUGACCAAGGGUGGUGGCAGCGUGCCGACGGUUUCCAGCGCCACUAACGCAAUGUCCAAAUCAUCAUCCUCUGCUGCUACUGUUGGCGGGACAAGCACGAUACUAACGUUAAAGCAAGGGUCCUCCGGUCGUAUGGGCCGUCGCAUAUCGAACCAUCAGGAAGAACACAGCGACCAUACGGAUAAUGGGGCGGACGAUAAGAAUGGUGGUACCAGUCGACGUCGGCGUCUUGGCACUGCCGCCCCCUCAACGCGACGUGGCCAAGAUCAUGAUGACGACGACAGUGGCGACGGUGGCACCCGUGAUGAAGAAGAGGACGAGGAGGAACAGAACAAAGAUGCUGAUCGAGACCAUGGCGAAGAAGCGGAGGAAGACGACGAUAGCGGACCACCACCACCCAAACGGGCGCACAAAUAAUUAACGAUCGAUAAGAGUGCCCUAGAGGAGUAAUGCUAUAGAAAACACCAAAUUGGAAGCUAUUCGAUCCUCACAGGGACACAGGCACUACGGGCGUUUCGGUCUCCUCCGUUGCAACGCAACGAUGAUGACGAUACAGACAGUUUUUUGUUCGAUAUUCGAUGGUCUUUUUUAUAUCUAAGUUAUUUAUGUAUAGAGGACGAAAAGUCAGACAGACAGGUUAAUGAUGUGAGGACAAGUUUUAAAGAUUACUGAAGCGUGCUUCGCAAUGCGCGGUACGCGUACGUGACACAGACCUGCAUGCUGUAUAAAGAAAGAUGUUACGCGUGACGAUAAUGCAGCAUGAGAAGUUUAAAUGUUUGACCUUUUUUUUCGUUUUGAUAAUGGGUAACACUCAGCAUAAAGAGCAAACUUGACCGCAGAAUAAUGGAAGGAUUGAGCACGCAAAACUACGUCUAAUGACCACACAGUAUGAGCUUUAUAGCGGCGCCGGGAGAAGGAUUAAAGCAGAAGUAAAAACGUACGAAUGAAGAGACAAAUGCGGAAAUGGAUUGAAGAAUUAUUUCCUAGAUUCAAUAAGUUUAGUGGUAAAAAUGUGGCGUACGGCGGUCAUCGAUGGAAGGACGAUAACACACGAAAUCAAAUGUACCGGCGCGAUACUCAGCCCCGCCGAUAUCGGUUCCAACAACCGGUUCCUGCUUAACGGUUGCGCUCUUUUGCUUCACUAUUCAGUUCUCCGUUUAUGCACUCCCGGAUACGAAAACGGUUCGGUAUGAAAUCGUCAGCGUAAGGAACUAGACGAGAGCUCUAUGUACAGUAAAGAGUAAUAAAUAGGAAUCGAGGAGCAUAGAAGCCGCUUAGAAGUUGUCCCACAGCGGAGCACUUCGACCACUGAGAAGAAGCAUGGAGUGUGCCUCUCGAGCUAUGCGAUGCGAAGCCGGAUCCGAGCGAUAAGAAUCUAUUAAAAAUAUUAUC